GGAUUGACCUUACCGACAGAAUUGAUCGGUGCAUGAUUUACACGCAAAUCCAGUGUCACGCGGUAACAAUUAUUCCUCGGGAACGGGAACGGGAACGGGAUAGACACAAUGUCUACGAGAAUAACGGACAUUUUUAAUUCCUUCCAGGAUUAUCUAAACAACGAACAAGAAAUACGCGAGCAAAUUCGUGUUAUUGUCAAGGAUAUUGAGAAGAGCGCCAGAGACAUUUUGAUGAUAUUACAAAAUAUUCACAAUACAGUAUAUGAUGCGGUAAACGAGAAUAUAAUUGUAGCAGAAUAUUGUACAAAGGCAAGAGAAAUAUUUGGCGAAGUGAGAAUACAAUAUGCAAAUCUCGCUAAAGUAGUACCAAAUAAUCAGUAUUAUCGUUAUCAUGAUCAAUGGCGCUUUGUUACUCAGAGACUAUGCUUUUUAGUUGCUCUAGUUAUAUAUUUAGAAAUUAAAGUUUUGGUUACCAAAGAUACAGUCGCAGAAAUAUUAGGAGUAAAGGAUAACAGGGAAGAAGGUUUUCAUUUAGAUUUAGAAGAUUUCUUGUUGGGCCUACUUCAAUUAUCUUCAGAAUUGAGUCGUUUUGCUGUAAAUAGUGUCACCAAUGGUGAUUACGAUCGGCCAAUAGAAAUUGCAAGAUUCGUCAAUGAAUUAAAUGCUGGCUUUCGACUAUUAAACUUAAAAAAUGAUAUGUUGCGGAAACGUUUCGACGCCCUUAAAUAUGAUGUAAAAAAAAUCGAAGAGGUAGUGUACGACUUGUGUAUCCGCGGUUUAAAACCCUCUCCUCGGCCUACUGAAGAAACACCGACUGUAUAAAUCUUUUUUUAUAUUUUUUUGCAAUCUUUUACAUUAAUAUACCUCCAUAUACAUAAGAGUACAAUGAGCAUAAUGAGCAUAAUGAGUACAAUGAGUCGUGCAAAAACAUGGUGAGUUCAUAUAAUAUAUAGCAAAAAUUUAUAUAUAUUUUUUGUUUAGUU